GGAACACAAGCAAGAUCUAAUCUAUAAAAACAGGCCAAAAUAAGCCUACAAAAACAGAGCUCCUGUCUUCUUCUUUUGUUUCAUUGUCCACUUUGAUCCAAAAAAUGAGUUCCAAUGGCGUUUCUUCAUCCAUCUCCAAAAGAUUGGCCGGAAAAGUGGCUAUAAUAACCGGCGGAGCAAGUGGGAUCGGCGAGUCGACGGUGAGGCUUUUUGUUGAGAAUGGAGCCAAAGUGGUGAUCGUUGAUGUCCAGGACGACCUCGCCGCUGCUCUCUGCAAAGUGCUCGGCGACGAUGUUUCCUAUUUCCACUGCGACAUUACCGACGAAUCCGGCAUCUCGAAUGCCGUCGACUUUACUGUCCAAAAGUACAGAAAGCUUGACAUCAUGUUCAACAACGCUGGCAUUCGUGGCAAUGUAACAGCCACGACGAUGACUACGGACAUGAAUGACUUCAAGAAAGUCUUCGAUGUCAACGUGUUCGGUAGUUUCAUGGGAGCUAAACACGCUGUCAGAGUGAUGGCUCCGGCGAAGACAGGGUGCAUCCUGUUUACGUCAAGCAUGGCAUCGGUGAUAUGCAGUGGUAAUGCGCCAGCGUAUUCGGCAUCGAAGCAUGCAGUCGUAGGAUUAAUGAAGACGCUAGCCGUUGAAUUGGGGCCUUACGGGAUCAGAGUGAACGCGAUAUCGCCGUUCGCGACGGUGACACCGAUGUUGCUUCCAUCGAAGGAUGUGGGGCAGAAGAAGGCAAUGGAGGCCGUCAUUUCUAUGUCAGGGAACUUGAAAGGGGCAAUAAUGGAGGCUGAAGAUGUAGCCAAAGCAGCUCUGUAUUUAGCAAGUGAUGAGUCCAAAUAUGUCAGUGGAUUGAAUCUUGUGGUUGAUGGUGGCUUCAGUCUUACUAAUCCUAGCUUUGAAUUUAAUACCAAAGCUUAUGGACAAUGAAAUUUAAUUAUCCCAU